AUGACGUCACAACAUCACACCAGCUGUCCGUCACUUCCGGGUGUCCUUCGACAACAAGUAUGGCGGUCGUUUUCAAAACUGUGUGCAUCUUGUCAAAUUUUUGAAAUAUUUGUGCGAUUUUGAAGUCCAGAUAUGACAAUGGGUGAAAAGGAUCGAUUUCUUGUGGUUGUUUCGGUAUUAGAAGGGAGAAAAUUCCCAAAGAGACCAAAGCAUCAGGUAAUUGUUGAGGCUCGAUUUGAUGGCGAAUUGUUGGCCUCUGAUCCAGUCGACCAUGUGGAAGCACCGCAAUUUACUCAGGAAUUGGCCUGGGAACUGGAUAGAAAAGGGUUACAACAACACCGUCUACAAAGGACCUCUAUUAAAGUCCAGUGUUAUGCAUUUGACCCUGCCACCUCCUUGAAGGAAGCCAUUGGUUAUGUUGUAUUAGAUUUGAGAUCUGCUCAAGCCAAGCAGACAAACAAAUGGUACCCAUUGCUACAUUCAAAAUACCACAAACUUAAGCCGGAGUUGCGCCUGGGAUUGUAUCUGGAUGAGGACAAGCCUGGAGAUGAACAGCCAAGUUUUAGGGCUAAAGAAGCCCCAGCUAGGCCAGUUAUGGACGAGAGCCUUGUUUCAGUGACUGGAUCAGACUUGAAGAACCUGAAACCAGUGCUGAAUGAAGCAGAAGGUUUUUAUCAGCUGGGAAAUCCCAAGCGCUGCUCUGAGCAGUUCGUUCUCUCCAUCACUAUAGCCUAUGCUUCCAACCUCUCUCAGUUGAUCCCUACAACAAUGCCACUGCCGGCCAGUACAAAUGGAUACUUUUUCUACUAUUCCCUAUUUGGCAAUGAUGUGACAAAUGAGUCAUUCAGUGACCUCCUGAACCCGUCAUUCCCAGCAGAGAGAGCCUCUGUAAGAAUACGCAGCUCGGUUGACAUGUUACGAUCAUUCUUCUCAAGUCAACCAGGGGUCCAGUUCCACCUGUGCUGUGGUGACCAAUCUCUGGGCAGUUGUGAAGUGUCUUUGAACCCACUCCUUAAGAAAGGCAGCACAGAAAUCUAUAUGAAACCAGUCUCCAUUGAAGGUUCAUUCCAGCUCAUACCCCCGAACCGCCUGAAGCAGCAGAUGGCCCCAGUUGCCAGUGACCACGCCCCAGUGCUGGGGGUAGCUAUAGUCCUCAGGAAAGAGGACCUGACAUUACCCCCAGGCAGUCCUGUGAAGGAGACUCCCCAAACACAAAUGUCAAAGAUGACGCAGUCUCCUGAGCAGAGGCAUUCCUCUCCUAAACAAAGCCCUGUGUCAAGUCCUAAGGAGAAGACGAAGGCUGUAAGGAGCCCUCCACGACCUCAGCCCAGAGAAACAGACCAGUACUCAGAGGAUAAAACAGAAGAUGACCUCAGCAGUUUACAGGGAGGCCUGGAUAAAGCAGAAGAGGCUGCCAAUGCAAAAGAGAAAAAGAAAAUCAUAGAACCGACAAACAAGGGAGGUUACCCUAAAGCUCAACCCACUGGAUCAGGAGUAUCAGUAACGGAUUCAGAGAGCACCACCCAGCAUCACAUCUCCAUCCCUCCUCAGUCUCAUCACUUCAGCUUCUCUCUAGACUUACGCAGUGUCAAUAAUGUUCAAACAACCCACCCCAUCAACAUCUUCCUCAGGUAUACCUACCCAUUUUUCGGGAGUGCUGCCCCAAUCCUGACUCACCCAGCAGUUGAGGCUAGGAGAGGCUGUGAGGUAUUACUGCCACAAUCUCUCUGUGUGUUUGACUUUGCAUGUACAACACCACAGCUCCAAGAAACAUUCUUGAGGGUGCCCCUGCUGGUGGAAUUGUGGCACAGAGACAGACAGCUCUCGAAAGAUGUCCUGCUUGGGGCAGCUCGUCUUCCUUUGGGUAGCCUGCUAACUGCUGAGAAGUCAAGAGUUAUGCAGAAGGACGCAGGUUCCUCAGGGUGGAGACAGGUGCACAGUGACAGGGUACCAGUGACGUCUUCUGAUGGCAAGCCAUCAACAGUAGCUGAGGUGACAUUUGUUUUGGCUUUGGAGGACUGGGGACCCAUCAACAGUGAGCAAAUUGUAUUAGUCAAUGAGGAUUCUGAGUCGCAGAGCUUGGGUCAGGAGAUACAGGGUAAAGCUAGCAGUACAGCUGUCAAUUCUUCCCCACAAAAACCGGUGACAGAGCCACGUGCAUCUGCUGAGUAUCAGGCAGCCUUGGAGCUAGAGAUGUGGAAGGAAACACAAGAACAGCUGUUUGAAAAACAAUUGAAAGAAAAAGAGACGUUGUAUAUGAGAGCUUUGGCCGAGGAAUGGAAGAGAAGAGACAAAGAAAGGGAGUUACUGACAAAGAAAAGAAUAGAUGAGUACAAUGCAUUGGAGCAACAGCUCAAGAAAACCAUCGCUGACCAGGAGAAAAGAGAACGACAACUCACAGCAAAUGAACAAGAAGUGAUCAGGUUAAGAGAUGAUUUACACAGAGAACAUAAUCGCAAACUACAGGAGAUGAAGGACGCCUCACAUCGUCUGAAGGAGGACUGUGAUCAUCAGGUGGAGAUGGAGAGGGUUAAAUGUCGAGAACUAGAGCAGCUGAUCACUCGUUAUAAACAAGAGUUAGCAGAUGCCGAAAAGAAGUAUCACAACCUGGAGAGGGAAAUGGCUGUGUUUAGAGAGCAGCAGAGUAACAAACCAGAAGUGCGUCUGCAGUCUGAGAUCAAUCUGCUUACUUUAGAAAAGGUUGAACUGGAGCGGAAAUUGGACUCCAUUACUAAAUCUAAGAUCCACUACAAGCAGCAGUGGGGGAGAGCUCUGAAGGAGCUGGCUCGUCUGAAGCAGAAGGAGCAGGCUGCAGCCAGGGCACAGCUGAAACGACAACAACAGGAGCUGGAGCACAUGAGGCUGAGAUACCUGGCUGCUGAGGAGAAGGAGGUGAUGAAGGGGGAGAAGGAAGAGCUGGAGCAUAUCAAGAACGAACUCAACAGGCUACGUAAGUUAGAGGAAGAGAAGCAGGCAGAGCCUGAUGUUACAGGUGGAGGGCAGGUGAAUGGGAUAAAGUCCUUCAGCCUGGAUGGAAGCAUAGAUGAGCACAUCACGCGGCUCAUAGAGGAGCGGGACACUUUACUGAAGACUGGCGUGUACACUAGCCAGGACAGGAUUAUUGCAGAGUUAGACAGGCAGAUACGGGAGGCUAUUGCCACGAAGUCUGGCAGCUAGUGACAUAUUUUUACUGAGUUAGCUAUGGAAAUAUGGCAGACAGGUGCCAAUAAACUGUCAGUUAAUACAGGAUCGUUGCUGAGGUAGGUGUGUGUACUGAAAACAGUUGCCUGUAAAACAGCUAGGCAGAUAUCUGAGGCUCUUAAGUGUUAUGAGAGGCCAAUAAGUCUGUUGGGUUAAGCAGAAUGCUUGCCAGAGGGUUUGUUCAUAGUGAAGACAUGAUGUUGGAUCGUGUUGCCAUAUAGUUUCACGUGUACAUGGGUGACAAGAUGCCACUAGCACUGAUGAACAGCAGAUCUGACAAGCUGUUAUUUGUCAGUCUAGACAGGACCCGUGAUGAACUGUGCCAGCAGAUCUGACAAGCGGUUAUGUGUCAGUCUAGACAGGACCCGUGAUGAGCUGUGCCAGCAGAUCUGACAGGCUGUUAUGUGUCAGUCUAGACAGGACCUGUGAUGAACUGUGCCAGCAGAUCUGACAAGCUGUUAUGUGCCAGUAUAGACAGGACCCGUGAUGAGCUGUGCCAGCAGAUCUGACAGGCUGUUAUGUGUCAGUCUAGACAGGACCCGUGAUGAACUGUGCCAGCAGAUCUGACAAGCUGUUAUGUGCCAGUAUAGACAGGACCCGUGAUGAGCCGUGCCAGCAGAUCUGACAAGCUGUUAUGUGUCAGUCUAGACAGGACCCGUGAUGAGCUGUGCCAGCAGAUCUGACAGGCUGUUAUGUGUCAGUCUAGACAGGACUCGUGAUGAGCUGUGCCAGCAGAUCUGACAAGCUGUUAUGUGUCAGUCUAGACAGGACCCGUGAUGAGCUGUGCCAGCAGAUCUGACAGGCUGUUAUGUGUCAGUCUAGACAGGACCCGUGAUGAGCUGUGCCAGCAGAUCUGACAGGCUGAUACGUGUCAGUCUAGACAGGACCCGUGAUGAACUGUGCCAGCAGAUCUGACAGGCUGUUAUGUGUCAGUCUAGACAGGACCCGUGAUGAACAGUGCCAGCAGAUCUGACAGGCUGUUACGUGCACAUGUAAUUGUAAAUCCUUCAGAUAAAAAUGGGACAGAUACGGCAGAUACGGGAGGCUAUCGCCAAGUGACAAACAGAAAUGGCAAAUUUUUUUUUGAGCAUGUAUGAGUAGAUGUGUGAGUGAGAAGAGUUACUUUACUGCGCCACAUUGUAGAUACAGAUGAUUUGGAUCUUCAUAGUCUGGUUACAGCAUUACAAACAUUUGUUUUGAAGCACAUAUAAAUCUUUUGAGACAAGCAUAACUCUGAUUAAGGUUAAGGCUCAAAGGUACAGGCUAAUCACAGUGGACGUGACAGUCACAAGCACAGAUACAACAUCAGAAAUAGGACAGUGAUAAUGAUUUCAGAAGCACACCCUAUCAGUGUGCUCAAAUAGAAUUUGUUCUGUGUCUCUGGCAACUCACCUUAUGUGAUCAUUGAAACUUUCUUUGAAUGUUCUGCCCUGAAUUAAAAAUAAUAUAAAGUGCUGAUGUUUCUGGUGUGGUUGUCAUGUCCAUUGUGAAUUGCACUUCAGGGGCACGUAAACAGUCCACUCAUAUCCAGACAGUCUGAACAGAUAAUCCUGCAGCUCUGUAUCUCAUAAGCUGAGAGCAUUCACUGAAACUGACGACAUGUGGCUAAGAAUUAGGGCACUUCAAUAUUUAAAAGUAUUCUAGUGUAGAAAUAUAAUUAUACAAUUUGAAAAGCUGUCCUAAAGUUCAUUGGUUCAGAGCACUCAUUCACUCAAAAUGUGUAGGCCCAGUGAAGCAUACAUAUAAGGAUACAUUGGGCUACUUGUAGAUGACUCGCCAGGAAACUAGAGUAUCAUCCAGGUGACUGAGCUCGUAUGUUAAGUAUUUUCCGUUGACAGAAAAUUUGUUCAUAGUUGAAGUGUCAACCAGUGUCGGUCAGAUAUAGAAUACAGUCCACAAUAUAGCCAAUUUAUUGACUUCACUUUCUGCCAGCUGGAUUGGAUGAUUGGUUGUCAGAUAGAUGAAAACUUGAUUGAUUCCAAGUACAUGUACAUUGUCUCACUUCAGAUGUUAAAUUUAUCUCAUAAAGCUGAUAUGAUUGGUCACAGUAUGCUGUAUUCUUGCUGCCGAGAGAAUGGCAGGUGUUGUCAGAGAGAUUCUUCAGCCUUUAGGUACUUAUCCUUUAGAAUUUCACUAAAUUUUGGAUCAUUUCUAACAUUGAUUUGAUGCAAAGAUAAGAAAGCAGGCAAGUCAUACGCUACAGUGGUCUUUUUGUUGAAACUUCUGUUGUGAAUCAAGGUGUAAAAAUCAUUGUCAGUGUCAUCAGAACAUGUUCAUCGUUUCCUUCAUCACUUAUAUUUUAUCUCAGAUGAGGCACAUUACGAGCGCAAAACUUAUACUCUAGUUUUACAGAAAAUAUAUUUAUUGUACUUAAGUAGAAUAGAACUUUAUUUGAGCUUGUCAAAGGUUUCUUGUAAGAUUUUAACUUAUCAGUGACAAAAAAGGAUGGUUUGAAAAGCCUGCAGAAGUUCCUGUGUGUGAUUUCAUGAGGAUGAUAUCAGCCGUGGUGUGAUUUGGGUUAGGAUGAGACUCACCCAUCGUUAAGCAUUUUCAGCUAAGGCUCAUCAGUUCUGAUUUUUCGUGUUUUCGCCCAGAUCUGUGUAAUGUUGACCUUGUGGUUUCUGCUUUCACAUGUUCCACAGGUCUCAAAAGGCCAAAUUUCCACAUAAAUGCUGUUUUGAAGGCAGGGCAUAGUAUAGUUCCCAUUACUCAUGUGACAAGUAUUCAGGCUACUACAAGGCUUCAGUCUUGUCUUAUGUUUAAAUGUUAUAAGAUGUUGAUCCAUAAAGCCCUGAAGUUGUGUGAUACUCCCAAAUCAACCAAAUCAAGUUUUAAAAGCACUUUAUUUGUCUGCAAUAAAGGUGAGGCAAUGGAGAAGCUAACCAUAUAAACUAAAGCUGUUUUCCAUGUGUUGCUCUUGGCAGUUUGUAUUACUUUGUCUUUAGAAUACUUAACAAGUACUGUGCACAAAUAUUGUAGCCUCACAUAGUACUAGGAUGUACAAUCUCAGCUGUGGACAUACCUUUCACAGUGGGACUGGUUCCCAAUGAUGUCUGUAGCUUGUAAAUUUAAAAGAUAUCCCCUAUAUAUGAUCUACUUUACUAAUUUUUAUGGUUUCAUUUGUUAUCAAUCGAUAAAUGGCCUGUAAAUUUGAAAGAUAUGAUAUUGUUUCAUGUGUAUUUUAGUAUAUAGCUCCAGAUCACUUAUCAUUUCAUGAGUUGUACUGGUAUUUGUUUUACUAUCAACAAAUGCUUUGUGAGAGACGACCUUUACUGGUAUAAGCACAAUGACUAUAUUGGGGUUGUGUGAUAUACUAUUUGUGCUAUGAUACCCAUUAUCAGCUGUCAAAACUCUGUUCUGCUGUAUUCACUACCAGUAUGAAUGUUUAUAUUGAACAUUAAUUUUUAUAUUUAUUUGUACAAAUAUGUAUGAUAAGUUGUUGCUCCCAGGCAGCUAUCAUCAUACCUUUGUACAGUGUCUUUGUACAGUCCAUUUGACAGUAACACUAAUAUGUGAAAUAAAAUUCAGACGUUUUU